AUCGCGACCGCAACAACGUCAAUUCUCAAGGACUCGCGAGCAAUUCCGGUUCUCGACGCCAAUUUCCCUGGAUUGCCAAAGCCACGAGCGUUGUCAAGAAAUACAUAGCCAUCAUGUCGUUCCGCCCGGGAUCCCGCAUCUUCAGCACCUUCCGACCCUUCUUCCAGCGCGCAAAUGCCCGCCGCGGCGUCAACACGGCUGCAGGCGCUGCUGAACCAGCUGGCUUUGCAAAGUUCUGGAACAGCCCCAUUGGGCCCAAGACGGUGCAUUUCUGGGCACCAGUAAUGAAAUGGGGCAUGGUCCUCGCCGGCGCCUCCGACUUCACCCGUCCCGCCGAAUCCCUCUCCUUCACCCAAAACUUUGCUCUCAUGUGCACAGGCGCCAUCUGGACACGCUGGUGCUUCGUCAUCCGCCCUAAGAACAUUGCUCUGGCCGCUGUCAACUCGCUCGUCUUCUGCGUCGGUGCCACUCAAGUCGGUCGCAUUUACAUGUACAACCAGAGCUUGAAGGAAACCGAGGGCCAGGCCAAGGGCGAAAUGCAGGACGUGAAGCGCACGGCUGAGAAGGCUGAGCAGAAGGCAGAGAAGGCUCUGAAAUAAAUUUGAUGAGCUGGAUAAGAGAUGGGGAGGGAAGGGGUAUGUAUAUCUACGCUGGAAUGUGUACUAGCAGAUACCCUAGUUCUGUAUUUCGGGGCAGUCCUGUUCAUGGUCAGAAUAUUGAAAUCAUAAAUACCAUAACGAACCCUACAUGUACACUUUUGACUCAUCACAUGGGACCAUGAUGGACCAAAACGGGACGGGCUCGCAGUGAAGAUGAUAUUACCAAUAUACUAAAGUUUCAACCUCACAA